AUGCAAGACAAUCAAACUUUACAAUCGAUUCGUUAUCAACGUGGUUUAUUAUCAAUUUUGGAUCAAUUAAAAUUACCAGACGAAUCUAUCUAUAUUCCUAUUCAUUCAGUCGAUGAUGCAUGGAAAGCUAUUCAUACAAUGUCAAUUCGAGGUGCUCCUGCAAUAGCUGUAUGUGGUGUAUUAAGUCUUGCUGUUGAAUUACAUCAUUCUCGAUCUAAAUUUGAAUCUAUUGCAGCUGUUCAACAUUUUGUUACUGAUCAAUUGAAUUAUUUAUCAACUGCUCGGCCAACCGCAGUAAAUAUGGCUGAAGCUGCCGCGACUAUUAUUGAUUAUUUAAUUCCAUUGAGUAAUAAACAAGUAGACUUAUUGUUAUAUAUUGAUGAUCUACUCGAUUUCAUGGAAAAAUUUCUCGAACAUGAUCUUGCUGAUAAUCGAUCAAUCGGUCGUUACGGCGCUGAAACUAUUCGUAACAAUAAUCCGACCCCAAAACAAUUAACUGUUUUAACUCAUUGCAAUACUGGUUCAUUGGCAACUGUUGGCUUUGGUACAGCUCUUGGUGUUGUUCGGCAAUUAGCAGCAAAUAAUGAUCUUAAAUUAGUAUAUUUUACUGAAACUCGACCAUAUAAUCAAGGUUCAAGAUUAACGGCUUAUGAAUUAGUACACGAUCGUAUACCACAUUCCAUGAUAUGUGAUUCAAUGGCCGGUCUUUUGAUGCGAACACAACCUAUUCAUGCAGUUGUUGUUGGUGCUGAUUGUGUAACAGCAAAUGGUGAUACAGCUAAUAAAAUUGGUACUUAUCAAUUGGCUAUACUUGCUAAAUAUCAUCAUAUACCAUUUUAUAUUGCUGCACCAACAACAUCUAUUGAUUUAGAUAAAAAAACAGGGGCUGAAAUUGUUAUUGAACAACGUCCAUCAAGAGAAAUGACAACUAUCAAAGGAAUAAAUAUUGCUGCAGAAGGUGUUCAAGUUUGGAAUCCAGCAUUUGAUGUAACACCGGCAGCUUUGAUAACUAGUAUUAUAACAGAACAUGGCGUUUUUAAACCUGAUGAACUGGAAGAAAAAUUAUUAUCUCUACAAAAAAAUGUUUCAACAUGA